AUGGAUGCUCACCCUCGAGGUAAUGGCCCCCCGAAGUCUAUCAAGGCUACAAUGAGGGCUCAGCAAUAUGACCCGGCUGAUCAGAAACUGCAUCUUAACGAGGUGGAGAUCCCGAAGCCCAACGAGAGCGAGAUAUUGGUCAAGGUCGUCGGUGCAUCGCUCUGCCACUCCGACUGCCUAACCUUCGAUCCGGGCCUCGCCAUGAGCGAGGUGAAAGUUCCUACUACCCUAGGGCAUGAAGCAACCGGUGUCAUCACGGAGGUCGGGAAGCAGGUGAGGCAGUUCGAGGAAGGGGACGCCGUCGGUUUUCUUGCUUCCAGCGGAUGUUUUGAAUGUGAUGCCUGCACCACGUGGUCAAGCGUUGGAUGCCCGCAAGGCUGCAAAGCACAAGGGUUUACUUGCGAUGGAUACUUCCAGGAGUACGCCGUCGUCGAUGCCCGCAGUGCCGUAAAACUCCCAGCAAAUCUGGACAUCGCCUCUUCGGCACCCCUUUGUUGUGCAGGCGUCACUGCGUACAACGCAAUCAACGAAUGUCAGCUUACCCCCGGAAAAUGGUUAGCUGUAAUCGGCGCCGGAGGUGUCGGGCAAAUGGGCAUUCGGUACGCCAAAGCCAUGGGGCUGAAUGUCAUCGCUGUUGACAUCGACGGAGGCCAGCUGGAUGCCGCGAAAAUGGCAGGAGCAGACUAUACGCUCAAUCCAGAACUAUGUCCGACUUAUGCAGAUGACAUCAAAAUCGUUACAGGACAUGGCGUGGAUGCUGCUGUCAGUUUUGCGCCAUCCGAGAAAGCUUAUGACGACAUGCCCGGCAUGAUCAGAUGGGGUGGCCUCCUGAUGGUAGUGGGGGUUGUCGAUGGGCCUCUGACGAUCGAACCGUUGGACAUCAUCUUCAAACGAUACAUCAUAAAGACAGCUUGCAGCGGAACCGUCACAACCCUGAAGGAAUGCAUUGGCUUCAGCGCUGAGCAUGGCAUCAAGCCCAUUGUGGAGUUCAUCGAGCUAGAAGAUCUUCCGCAGGCAAUGGAGAUGAUGGAAGCCGGCAAGCUUCGAAAGCGCGUCUGUGUCAAAUUUUAG